AUGGCGGCACCGAAGAAGAUGGGCUUGUCCCUCUACGCAGACCUGCUCGACACGAACAAGGAGAAAGCAGCAAGCUCGACCAUCUCCAGCGCUCCUUUCAAGUACAAUGUCGCCAAGGACGAUGAGGAAGGAGAAGCGGCGGCAGCUGCAAAGAAGAAAGAUGCCUCGCUGCAGUUCCAGCCAGUGCGUCGGCCACAGACACAACCCAAGAUCAGUCGUCCAGCGCAAAAGAAGGCGCCAUCCUCGCAUACACUCAGCUCCAGCACCACCACUGCUAGUCUUGGACCAACUUCGACCAGCUCGCCAGACAAACAGACCCCACCCGUGACCAGCACACCUACCCAACAGCCCAAUCUCCCGCGCAGCAACUUCGAGGAUUGGGUCGGCGGCGAUGACGAUGACGAAUAUUAUGUCGACAAUCGACCGAAGCGCGAACGGGGCGGCAAGAACAAGAAGAAGAAAAAGGGUGGCGUGCAGCAGGAAACCCGAACGUGGAGCUGGGAUGAUAUAUACGACCCCACCCUGCCCAACAACUACGCCGAUUACAAGGGGAGCGAUGAGCAGGUGAUGGAGAUUCGUGACUGGAAGGCAAGAUUGUAUUAUCAUCGGUUGAAGGAGGCGAAGAAGGAGAGUACUGCUAGGAGCGAGGAGGUCGAGUCGAGGCCAGCCGCGAACAGUAGGUUGAUGCCCAUAGACUCCGUGAUCAUAGCUGACUCGAGCUUGCCAGACAUGUUCGCACCACCUACUAAACUCAGCUUUGCUCCGCCGAGCUUCGACAAUGCGCCAAUUAGGCCAGCCGUCGAGGACGACGACGAUGACUACUACCCUCUAGCUAUUCCAAGUCAGCCAUCUGGCAAGAGCGACAGCUACGAACCACUUGCCAGCAUGUCGUUGCCGAAUGACCCAACUGGCGAGGACGCAUAUGCUCGCCGCAUGCAGAUGGGUGGUGGCGUCCAGGCUCCAUCGAAUCCGCCUCCACAGGCUGCCCCUGCCAUCAUCACGCCAGAAGUGCAACUAUCGCCUGCGAACGAUAAGGCCGCCAUCGAUAUUGCUGCGAAGAAGGCCGAAGCUGCGGCCAAAAUUGCCGCGUUCAAGGCCAAAGUAGAGGCUCACAAGGCAGCCAAAGCUGCUGCUACCUCAGCAGCAAUAGUGCCGCCAGGACCUGCAGUUACGGCAGAUACCGCGGCACCCCCGCCACCACCUCCAGGUGAGCCCGAAGAGCCCGGGAACACAAUCUCCCGAGCACCAGUGCGCUACCAGCUCCCAUCGCCAGACUUAGUGAAUGCAGACGACGCCACCAUGGUCGACGAUGCCGAAGCGGAAGACGCUCCGCGCUCAUUGCGGCCAGGCCAAAAAGGUUUUGCCGAGCGUCUACUAAAGAAAUAUGGCUGGGAAAAAGGCCAAGGUCUGGGCGCCGAAGGCAACGAAGGCAUCACUACAGCCCUCGUGGCGAAAGCCGAAAAGCGCAAGAAGCUCGCUGAUGUGCAGGGAGGAGGCUGGGCGGCCCCGGCAAAUAUGGGAAAGCUUGUUGGUGGGAAGCGUCGGAAAGUGGCUGUUGGCGAUGGUGGUGACGGGGCGGCGGAAGUGAAUGAGGGCGAGCCUUAUGGGCCGUUGUCUGCUGUUAUCAAGCUGAGCAAUAUGCUUACCGGGCUUGAUAUUGACGAGGAGAUCCAGGAUAAGGAUCUUUAUGGGGAGAUUGGACGGGAGAUGGAGGGGCAGUAUGGAAAGGUUGAAAGGGUGUUUAUCUGGAGGAGGGAAAGUGGUGGCGAGGACGAUGUUUUUGUCAAGUUUGUUAGCCAGUUGAGUGCGCUUAGGGCGGUCGGGGCGUGUGAUGGGACGGAGUUUGCUGGCAAUAUUAUGGGUGCGAAUUUCUGGGAGGAGGGGGCUUUUGAGGCGGGGAGAUAUGCUUAG